UCAUACUGUUCUGAGCUAUUAUGUGUUCUGGGUAGGUUUUCUUUACAAGGUAAUUUUCAUCUUAUUUAGUACUUUCUAUGUGAAGCUUUGAAUUUGAAUUCUUAGAUUUUUGUUGUGGAAAGUUCUAAGCUUAAUGUGAAAGUUGGGGAACUUUUGGUAGAGAAAAGAAAAAAAGAGAGUUACUGAUCGUAGAAUAUUUAAUUUUCUGCUAAAUUAGUCAUGCGUGGAGAUUUUAUCUCAGCUAACUCAAUUUACAGCUUUUGACUUGUACUAACUAUCACCUAAUCGAUUGAAUCUCUAUUAGUCAACAACAGCUAGCAAGCCUUGCUGGUAUAAUGAACAUACUAAGUUAUUAACUUGGAAGUAAUUGUGGGUGAGAAACUAAUAUUUGCUAGGGAAGACUAGGAAGACACUAUUAAACAUCUUAAAGUGAUAGGACUGUCGAAACAUAAUAUUGUCAAAAAUUCUCUAGGCAAUUUAAACAAUUUUACCUUCCUACACAGGUGUAGCCCUUCGAGAAAUUCACUAAGAUUGAUCUAGUUGAAGAUCCAUAAUUUUCACAAGCAGUUCAUUUGGAGGAAGCCAACAAUUUAUGGAAAGUGAACAGAAGAAGUUACAAACAAGACUAACAUAUAUCUUUAGUUCUAUGUGUAUAUGUUUGCCUGCAUGUGUCUUAGUAAAGAGGGAAGAGAAGAAUGAAGGUUAGAACUUAGGGUCAGAAACGCGUGAAAAGCAUAUGAAAUUUAGUCUCUGUUAAAAUUCACUAUGUGUUCACCACUUUUUCAAAGAAUAGGGACAUUAGUGUUCCAUGUGAAAGAAAUAGGGUCAUUUUGAGCCUUUUCUCCAUUCCAAUACGUUAGGACAUUUUUUACCCUUUUCGUACAAAGUAUGACUUUAAAAACUCUCAUAUAGCUCAUUUAUCUUCUUUUCUAAAAAAGAAGAAGAAAUCCUAUUUCUCACGUAUGUAUUAUAUGUUUUCAUUAUCAAAUUUAAAUGCUCAUAAGAACUCUUGAAAUACCAUCUGAGAGAUUUAUUGUUCUUUUUCUCUUUUUCUUUCGUUAAUGCAAAUAGUACAAAUACUUGUAGACACAUCAUUAGAUUUGUGUAAAUUUCAUUUGGAUUACUUAAUCUUGACGUAAAUAUCAAACUAGAUGAUAUGAAGUGUUUCAAAAUAAUGCGAUAGACAUAUUUCAAACGUCUAAAUCUCUUUCUGAUUAUGAAUGCAUGUUCAUUAUAAUUAUUUUUAUCACUACUUUUUCUAAUCUCAUUUAAAGACGUAGCUGAUUGAUUUCCAUUUAUAUCAUUUUUACUGGGAACUAAAAGACAAGGUGAAUGACUUGAACAUGCAAGGUAAAAGAUUAGCUUCAAAAUAAAAAAUCUAUAGAUUCUUCUUUUUUUUUUAAUGACAAGUACCACAUAAUCUUUCGAUGUUACUUUAGUGUGUAUAAUAAAUAACAGUAAGAGUCUCGUGUUCUUGGAAUUCAUAGACUUGUGAGCCCUACGACUUAAACAUUAUCAAUUAUUUAGUUGGCCACUUUACUGAUUAGACUCUUAAAAGGAUUACAGAUUGUUUAAUAUGAGAAUUACAAGAGUGAUUAGUUGGAAGAAUAUGAAAGUCAAGUAAUUUAGAGAAUCAACGUCUCUUAAGUCUUUCAAAGAUGAGGGCGUCGAUCGUUACUAAAAUCCUCUCUGAAAUAAGAGAAAUAUGAAAUAUAAUUCUCUAUUGGGUAGAAUUUACCAGCCAAUAUUAACUUUGAUUUUUAGAAAGAAAAUUAAGGUAAGUAAUCAAUUUGCAUAAGCUUCCAUUCAAGUAAUGGAAAUGCACUAAACGAGGUGAAUCGGAGAAAAUGCCGGACCUCACAGAGUGUACUAGGUCAACAUGAAUGCGCUUUUUGACUGUCACUCUCCAUAUCACCUGGUCUAUAGUUCAGGGGUUAACCACAGUACCCCAUAAUUCAAGUGUUAAAUGGAUAAAAUGUGAAUAGUUUAGGGAGUUUAGAGGUAUUAACUCAAAAGAAAAUCUCACUUAGAUAUUUCUUUUUGUCAUUUAUCAAAAAUACAGGUAGGAUGUAUCUCCUAAGCAAAAAAGGAAAAAAGUUAAAGACUGUUGACCAGAAUCAAGUUACAGGUGUGAACAUCUCCCCGAUAGGAUGACACUUCCAUUUGGCAGUGGGGAGUUGUUGGUACUCUUUAUUACUAUUACAGUUUAACAGCGGACACCUGCCAAUGUGUGGGGUUUUUUAUGGUCAUUUCCUCAUAUCCGAAUCUCAUUCCUCAUCAAAGCUACACUAUCAACCCACAAUUUUCACCCAAUUUUUUUCGCACACACUGAACUGCUGAAGUGAAGCAACAAUCUAAAGGAGUUUAGGAGAUUGAAGCUGUUGUUAUGGAAAAAGGAGAUUCUCCUGUAAGGAGAUGGGAGGACCUUGAUAAUGAUAUCUUGGUGAAGAUACUCCAGUCCUUUGACCUUUUCCAGUUGAUAUAUGCAGUUCCUCAAGUUUGUCGUGCAUGGCAAUUGGCUUGUUCUGAUCCACUUCUCUGGAAAACGCUGGACUUGUCGGUGUUGCAAUCAAAUUUCAUCAGAAUUUUAACAGAGCCAUAUGUAUUUGUGGACACUCCGUCUCGUGAAAAAUUGACCCGCCUCCUAAAGAUUUGCAUGAACCUCAGUCAUGGAAACAUAGAAACAUUGAUCUUCCAUUACAAUUUGUAUGUUGACGACAAUCAGUUGACUUAUACUGCCAAUAGGUGUCCACGGCUUAAACGCCUUGUUAUGCCUGCUUGGGAAAAACUAGAAAAGCCAGCAAUACGCCGUGCUUUUCGUAAAUGGAAAGAUCUUGAAUCACUGACCAUGCCUAGUUUAGAAAAACCUGCCUAUGUCAUCAAGAAAAUUGCAAGGAGUUGCAAAAAAAUUGCUGAGCUCAAAAUUAUGGGGCCUUGUGAUAUUCUGUUUGCGUCUACACUAGUAUCAUUUCUUCCAAACUUGAAAGUGUUGAGUGUGAGGUGCACGGAGUUAUCUAAAUCUGCUUUGGUUAUUCUCUUGGAGGGGUUAAAACAGUUGAAAGUGCUCAACAUAUCGCAUUGCAUAAUUACUGAAGAUCUUCCUCCACCCGCACCUACGAAAAUUCUGACUGAGCUUGAUGAAUCCAUUCUCGAAAAAGCAUCUAGGUUAGACAAGUUCCUAACCUGCAUGAGUGACUCAUGCAUCAUGUGUCAGCGCACUCGAAAUGAUGAAGGGUUCAUGAGGUGGUACAAGUAUGAAGACCUCUGGAAAGUGGAUGAGGUGAAAUCUCUUGCAAUUUGAAAACUUUAAGAAUGUUUUGCUUCAUGAGUUGAAGGUGCAGUGUAAUGUGUAAACUUGUGUGUAUGAAACACAUACAAUAAAAACUUGUAACGCUACUUCUGUGUUUUAAGUCUAUUCUCUUUGACAGGGUGGUUUUCAUGUUUUUCGUGUUUCUA